AUGAAUUGCCAGCUCAACAGAAAUCUCCAGCUGCUGAAAGUAGUCCCACCAGUUUUGGGUGGAUUUAAACCUUCGUUGGCUGCCAAGGGAAACCCAACCGGUGGAAUGAAUUUGACUCCUUCACUUCCCGCGCUGGACUUGUUCAAUGAGUACGCCAAAACUCGUCAUUGCACGCUCGAGAAAACAAGAAUCUUACAUGCCCGUUCGCUUCAAACGGGAUGGUUACCCUCCACGCUGUUUGUUGCUAACUCUUUGCUUGGCUGGUACUGUAAGUCUCAAGCUAUGCUUGAUGCUGUCAAGCUGUUCGACACAAUUCCUGAACCAAAUGUGAUUUCUUGGAAUACUGUGAUUUCUAGCUAUAACGACAGAUUUUUGUUUGAAGAGUCUUGGAGAUUCUAUCGCAGGAUGCACGCUUCAGGGUUUCCGCCGAAUGAUAUUACCUAUGGCAGUGUUCUUUCUGCUUGUGCCUCCCUCUCGGCUCCUAUAUUAGGUGAGCUGGUAUAUUCGCUCUCAGAAAAGAAUGGGUCUUUCUCAAGUGGGUAUGUUCGUGCAGGGAUGAUAGAUUUGUUUGCGAAGAAUGGUAGGCUAGAAGAUGCUUUCAAGGUGUUCAAUGAAGUUAAUUGUGGCAAUGUGGUCUGCUGGAAUUCGAUGAUCUCUGGCGCAGUUAGAAACGGGCAGAAUUCUGUUGCUUUGCAUCUUUUCCAAAGAAUGGGUCGCGAGUUCAUGUUGCCAAAUACUUUCACAUUUUCUAGUGUUUUGACAGCCUGUGGGGCUCUUGAAGAUAUUCAGAUUGGAAGAGCAGUUCAUGGGUGGGUGAUUAAGUGCAAUUCGAAAGACGUAUUUGUGGGAACUGCCAUAGUUGAUUUAUACGCCAAAGUUGGUGAUAUGGACGAAGCUGCCAAGGAGUUCAAUCGAAUGCCUGUCCGCAAUGUAGUUUCGUGGACUGCCAUUAUAUCUGGUUUUGUGAAAAAAGAUGAUUCUGUCGCUGCACUCAAAAUUUUCAGGCAAAUGAAGAGUACGAAUGAGCGAAUAAAUAACUUUACUAUCACUAGUGUCCUGACUGCAUGUGCAAAACCUGACAUGGCUAAGGAAGCAAUCCAAAUCCAUUGCUGGAUAGUCAAAGCUGGAUUUCAUCUGGAUGCAGUAGUUGGUGCGGCUUUACUUAAUACAUAUUUGAAAUUAGAUGCUUUUGAUUGUUCAGAGAUGUUAUUUUCAGAAAUGGACGAGAUAAAGAACCCAGGUAUAUGGGCUGUUAUGAUAUCUUCCCUUGCCCAGAGUCAUAACUCUGGAAGGGCUGUUGAGAUGUUUCGGAAAAUGUUGCAGGAGGGUCAAAGACCAGAUAAGUUUUCUUAUUCUAGUAUCUUGAGUGUUGUCAACUGUUUGCAUUUAGGGAGACAAAUUCACUGCCAUGCGCUAAAAUUUGGAUCUGUGUUUGAUCUUUCGGUUGGAAGUUCUCUUUUCACAAUGUACUCAAAGAGUGGUAGCUUACAAGAUUCAUACGAAGUCUUUGAGCAAAUUCCUUUUAGAGACAAUGUUUCGUGGACCUCAAUGAUUGCAGGGUUCGCAGAGCAUGGCUGUGGGAAGCAAGCUCUUUCACUUUUCAGGGACAUGGUUUCUGCAGGAAAUAAACCUGAUCAGAACACACUCACAGCUGCUCUUGGUGCAUGUUCAGUUCUCCAAUCCCUUCAUAAGGGGAGAGAAAUUCAUGGUUAUGUUUUUCGUGCUGGAUUAGGCACCGAGUCAUUUGCUGGUGGUGCACUUGUUUCUAUGUAUGCAAAAUGUGGUGCUCUAGCAUUUGCAAGUAAAGUGUUUGACAUGCUUCCUAAGAAAGAUCAGGUUGCAUGCUCUUCCUUGGUUUCAGGGUAUGCUCAAAAUGGUCUCCUUGAAGAGGCAGUGGUCCUAUUUCACGAAAUGAUAGCUUCUAAUUUUAAAGUCGACUCGUUCACGAUAUCCUCUGCCCUAGGAGCUAUAAACAGUUUGGACCUAGGGCUGCAAGUUCAUACACUUGUUACGAAAGUGGGCCUAGCGUCUGAACUUUCAGUAGGAAGUUCACUGGUCACAAUGUACUCCAAGUGUGGAAACAUUGUAGAUUGCUCUAAAGCUUUUGAUCAGAUUGAUGAGCCUGACCUUAUAAGUUGGACAUCACUGAUAGCAAGCUAUGCUAGUCAUGGGAAAGGUGAAGAGGCUUUACAAGUCUACGACCAUAUGAUCGAAAAGGGAAUUCAACCUGAUGCUGUAACUUUUGUGGAGAUUAUCUCAGCUUGUAGCCAUGCUGGUUUGGUUGAAAGAGGCCACUCAUGUUUUCAUUCAAUGACCAGAGACUUCGGGAUUGAGCCUGACAACCGUCACUUUGCCUGCAUGGUUGAUCUUCUGGGCCGUUCAGGCAGGUUGAAAGAAGCUGAAAGGUUCAUAGACAGUAUGCCUAUUGACCCUGAUUCCCUUGUGUGGACUUCGCUGCUUGCUGCUUGCAAAUUGCAUGGAGAUGUUGAGCUUGGAAAAGUAGCAGCAGAAAAGGUUAUGGAAUUGGCACCAGGCCGUUCAGGAACUUACAUCUCAUUGUCCAACAUCUUUGCAGAUGUAGGAAAAUGGAAGGAAGCAGUAGAGAUAAGAAGAAGGAUGAGUAGAAUUGGAGUCAUCAAGGAACCUGGGUGGAGCUUCACAUGA